AAUAUGUUAGUUUACACGUAACGAGCAUUUGAUUUGUUAAUUGUCUGGAAAAGUUGUAAUAUCGUGUAGACAAAUAUUUUAAAAGAUGAAUCACAUUAUAGUAAUACGAAGUUAUAGGCCGGGCGAUGAAAUUAAUUGCAACGAGAUAGUAAAAGCCGGCGUAAUGUCAUCUUUAAAUUCAACGUUUAUUGGAAUUGCGCUCAAGGAAUUAACUUUCCAAUUGAUGAUAUUAUUUGCUGCUAUUAUGUUUAUCUUUUUUGGAUUGCCCUUGACAGUUUGCCUUUUAGUUAUUCCUAUUGUUAUUAUUUGUGUGUAUGUUGGAACUUACCUAGGUUUCACUAUGAAAGCUAUGGAAGUCAGUGAAGAAGUUUCUAAUAUACCAAGGAUUUUCAUGUCCAAUGCGUUUUCCUGUUUUUGGGUUGCUGAAGCAUUUGAACCUUAUCUAAUGACAGAAAGUCCCAAGAAUAUACACUAUACCAUAAUGACGGAGCAACAAUUCCGUGAUUCAAACAUUGAUAUUUCAUCUCAGGUUAAGAAGAUUGUAGGUACUAUUGCCUUGUGUAAAAGUCAUAGAUUAGAUAAAGGUGCAUGGAUCAAAAGACUGUAUAUACAUGAGCAAUAUACAAGAAAAGGCAUAGCAUCUUGCCUUAUUAAUGUUGCUGUGCUAUUUGCUAUUGAUCAGGGAUAUAGUUGUACUAACAUUGUUGCCUCAGAAUACACAGAAGGUGGACGAGAAUUAUGUCUCAAAAAAGGUUUUGAAUUACAACAAAUGUAUCAUAAACCUGUUUUGGGGUCAUUUAUAUCUAUAUUGAUGUAUGAGUUGUCAUAUCAAAUUAAGCCUGGUGAAGAUGAUUAUGUGCCUACCGUUGAUAGCAGAAUAAUGCUUAACAAGUGA